ACCAUUGCCAAAUUCUUCUUCUUUUCCCUAUUGACUCUCUCUGAAACUCUUUACAAUGCCUUUGACUAUAAGCCCUUCUUCAACAUCCAUAAUCUCCCAAAGACCAAACCUUGGUUUCUUCAAAAACAGGGGCACUGGUCCAGCUUUCAUCAAACUCCCAAAGAGCAACAACAAUGGCAACGUGGGUAGUGGUGGUUUGGUAAUAUUCGCCUCAAAUGGGGCUAAUAAUCGACAAGCACUGGAGGUGGUGUUCGAGCCCUUUGAGGAGGUCAAGAAGGAGCUCCUUCUCGUCCCAACUGAGCCUAAUGCUUCUCUUGCUCGCCAGAAAUACACAGACGAAAGUGUAGCUGCCAUUAAUGAACAAAUCAAUGUGGAAUACAAUGUCUCCUAUGUGUACCAUGCCAUGUAUGCCUACUUUGACAGAGACAAUGUUGCUCUUAAGGGAUUUGCCAAGUUUUUCAAAGAAUCAAGUGCAGAAGAAAGGGGGCAUGCUGAAAAACUGAUGGAAUAUCAGAGCAAACGUGGAGGAAGAGUUAAGCUACAGUCCAUGCUAAUGCCCUGCUCAGAGUUUGAUCAUGCUGAGAAGGGUGAUGCGUUGCACGCAAUGGAGCUUGCGCUUGCUUUGGAAAAGCUGAACAAUGAGAAACUUCUAAAUCUGCACAAAACAGCUAAUGAAAACAAUGAUGUGCAUUUAGUGGAUUAUAUUGAAAGUGAAUACUUGAAUGAACAGGUCGAAUCUAUAAGGAAAAUCUCUGAAUAUGUAGCUCAAUUGAGAAGGAUUGGUCCAGGACAUGGUGUUUGGCACUUUGAUCAGAUGCUCCUUAAUGACACAGCCGGGGUCGCUGCCUGAUAAACAGCCAGAGAUUCUUUCUUUAUGCCGAAUGCUCUUUUGUUUUUUAGGUCUUUGAAGAAUGCUAAUCCUAGUGGUAGGGUUCAAUUCUUAGGUUUUCGAAAAAUACUACUAUUGGCAGAGUUCAAACAUGGAGCUAGACAUUCAUGGUUUAUGAUUAAUUUUGGUUUUGGUUAAA